AAAAAGUACUAUCUGGUACACCUUGUGCAACCACCAUCCUGCGGAGCUCAUCAUCCCAUGCAACUCGACGACUGGGACCCAACUUCGUGUGCCUUUGACGAGUUGGCACUUGAGACCUCAAUGCCAGUAGCUUCUAGCGAUAGCAAUCUUCGGUUCGUGCGUAUCCAGCUGCAUCAAGUGGUGGACGUCGAUCAGAUCAUUGCGUCGACUUGUCUGGGCGAGUUUCGUCGGUCCACCGUGUACGCGGAGCUGCGGUUGCAUGGCCAAGGUGUGUCGUACACUCCAUCAUUCCGAACAACGCCCAUUGCCGCGCACGGCGGUCGUUGGGAGAACGAGAUCAUGGACCUCCGCCUAACCGAACAGGACAUGUACACUCGUGUGCUGGGCAUUUCGUUGUACGCUGUAGACCUCCUCGGUCUCUCGGUGUGCCUCGGUGAUGCCAAAGUGCCGCUAACUCCAUUUGAGUUGCUCAAGCACCAGAUCACCAUCUCGGACGACAUCCACCUCACGGAAGACUGGCAUGAUGCGUCCUACGAAGAAGUCACGACCUGCCGCGUGCAAGUGUCGGUGGCAGUGUGGACGUGCGAUGAUGUCAACCACAGUACCACGCUUGAAGUGUGGGAACACGAGCGCUUUGCCCGUACUUCGUGGUCCAGCAGCCAUCUCCUCGCCACCGAUCGACAUGUGUACGCAUGCGGAUCCGUCACCAGCGACAAGUGGAGUGACGUCGAGCCCGAGGUGCCGCGGGAGUACGUCGAAGUGCUCGGGUGGGCCGCUGACAAGAGCCAAGGUGACGAAAGUGGCUGGUUCUACGCAUCUUCUUUCGCUGGUCCGUGGCACAACGAGGCUGGUCAUGCGUUUCCCUGUCGGCGGCGCCGCCUGGUCAAACUGGCGCUCUUAGCGUCAGUGCAAACUCAAAAGCAAGUGCAAUUUGAGUUGUUGCAGCACGACCAUACUCAACUCGUGCGCGAGUUUCAAGACGUCCAGUUGUUGGUCCAGGCCAAAGCCAGGGAGCUACAGUUGCAAGAGCUAGCGCAUGCCAACGAACUUGGCCAUGUUCGAAGUGCCCACAAGAAAGCCAUGCAAGAAGCUCAAGACAACUUUGAGACUCAAUUAGCCAUUGCCAAAGCAGUGCAACAGGACCUGCACGUUAAAGUGGCCGCAUUGCAGACUCAAUUGAGACAAGCUAAGGUGGAGGCACCUCCGCUUGCCACGGUGACCCAGCCUUCUAAGCCGGCCUCGACGACAUGCCUCGUUCGCAUACAACUGCACCGCGCGGCCAAUCUGGUGGCGGCGGACUCUGUCUUCAUGGGCGGGAAGAGCGACCCUUACGUACUGUUUUCCAUCGGGAAUGUCCAGCAAAAGUCGUCCAUGCAUCGGAGCACACUGGACCCGGUGUGGCACAACGAGAUCUUCGACUUUGACUUAACCCGACGCACCCCGGCGGUGCUGCUCGUGCACGUGUUUGAUUUCGAUCAGUUUAGUGCCGACGAACUCAUCGGUUCUGUGUCGAUUCCGCUGCACGAGGUGGAAGAAACCAACGAUCCGGACGAGGCCCGCACGUUUGGCUUGACAAUCCCCCCCAAGUUUGCGAACAAAAAACCGAGCACGGUGACAUUGCAGUUUGAAUUUGGCAGUUGGAUCGACGACGACGAUGACGACACCAACCACGAGACCGACGGAGCCAAAUCACACGACGGACCGGUGCAGCUUGUGAUGUGGGAGAACGAGCGACACCAUCGAGGACACUGGGGCGCGGCCAACCUCAAAGCCACCGACCGACAAGCGUGGAGCGUCGGCGCGACGUCCGCAGCGGCGAGGGAAGCCAUCGCCCCCAAGAUUCCGCUCGGGAUGGAGUCGCAUCUGGGCUGGGCGGUGGAUCGCCGCCACGGCGACCCCAACGGAUGGUUCUACGCUGCCUCGUUUGACGGGCCGUGGAUGAAUGGUCCGCAUGCGUCCGCGGUCGUGCGGCGACGGAAGUGGACCCAGCGAUGCACGCGACGACGACAGAAGAGCCGACAAGUCUUGUCAAGUCCAGACGACCCGCCCCUGCAUGCCACGGCGGCGUAAAAGUUGGCGUCAUGCGCAUCAUGUUGUGGACUCCCGAUUGAGAAUGUGUUAGCCAAUCAGAGUGCACUAAUGAGAAAUUGCAACCAAUCAUCGAGUACUGUAGUUUAAUUUGGCCCAACAGGUUGACC